UGGACUCUGUGGUCAGCUCUAGUGCGAAUAUCACGUGGUUAUCAUCGCGGUCUUAUUACCAGGUUCAAAAAUCUUCAAAAAAAAGAAUAUUUUGUUGACAAUUUGAUGAAAGUGGGAGUUCGUUUCAAUAAAAUUGUGAUACAUACAUACACACAAACCAGUUUCAUAAACAAAUAUUACACUAUUUAUACUGUUAUGAACAUUUAAAACAGUCAUGGAAGGCUUACCAACAGGGGAUAUUCAGACUAAAUACCAAAAAUUAGCCGCUGAGUAUUCUAAACUGCGAGUGCACAUCAAAGUUUUGAAAAAAGGAGUUCUCGAUGAGCAAGCAAAGUCUAAUGAAUUGCGAGAGACUUUAAAGGCGAAAGAAAAGGCUUUGCGUAAAGGCGAAUUGGAGAUAGAUUCUCUGACAUUCAGGAAUCAGCAGCUGACAAGACGAGUUUCCGUCCUCCAGGAUGAACUGGAUAUAUUACAAAUAAAAUGUACAAAAAAAACAAAAAGUAAAAAUGAAGAAAAACAGCCCACAACAAGUAGCAUGUUGGAUUCAGGGUUACUACAAGAAGAACUGCAGAAGAAAAUCAUAGAAAAUGCUGAUAUUUCCUCUCAGCUUGCAGACAAACAUUUUGAGAUAUCUCAAUUGAAAGCAUCUUUAGAAGACUACCAGAGACACAUAAGUGAAAGUGACAGUAAAUAUAAAUGUGAAAUAGCAAAACUAAAAAACAGAAAUCAAGAAUUACAGCUAGCAUUAGAAGGUGCACAAAAAGAGAAGCUUGAUGGGACCCCAAACAGGGUCAAUGCACCAUCUAGUAGUCAACCGACAAGCUGUAAUGGUGACUUCCUGUCGGAAGCAGGGAGUUUGUUUGGCAGUGAAGGGGGACUUUGUUCUGUUGAUGAUUUGAAUGACAAUGAACAAAUUAGUGUUAAAGCACAUUCCUUAGAACAGGAAAACCAACAAAUGAAAUUGGAAUUCGAAAUUUUACGCUUAGAAAAUGAGAGUUUAAAAUUAGAAGUUGCAAAGUAUGAAUCUGCCUCGCAAAAAAGAAGAGGUGAUGGGCACGAUUCUGGUGAUUUUAAUGUAUUUAGUGAAACGUCUAUAGAUGGGGAGGGGAGAGUUACAGGACUUUUAGGAAGUCUUGAAGUUCCAUUUGUUUUGUCUGAAGAGACUAAAGCAAGAGAAGAAAGGAUGAAGACAUAUUUCAGGAGCAAACUAAGUCAAAUUCAGGUUGAGAAAGCAGAGUUGAAGAGUAAGACUGAACAUUAUAUUAAAGAGUGUGAGUUACUGAGGCUUCGAUUCGAGGAGAUGGAGCAGGACAAACAAAUGGACAAGCAUACAUUGAAUGAGAAACACAAUACUAUCAACAGACUAGAAGAAGAACUGCAUUCAACAUCUCACAACUACGAGGAGCAGAUGUCUGUGCUGACAGAACACGUGGCCGGCCUCAAUGAGCAGCUGACGAGGCAGCACGACGUGAUACAACAUCUCAAACACCAGCUCGCCAACAAAAGGAACUAGCUGAAGCUGUCCGUGAGCAGAUACCAACCUGCUCGAAGAGUAAGGUGGCAGCAGUUCAAGUGAGAUUGGGACUGUCAACAUUAUCUCCAUUUGGGAGGUGAAUAGGUAAAAAGCAAUGAGCCUGUCUCCCCAUACUAAUGAUUUUAUAAUAUGAGCAUCAAAUAUGGUAUAGCCAUACCGAAGACGAUCAGAUCGUUUUGUUGCUUAAAGAAAAAGGUGAAUUAUUAUUCUAAUAAUUUAGGCCGAAUUUUAAUUAGUCAACAUAGAUGUACACAUCGUAUCCUUGUUUUUAAAGUAUUGUCGAACAACAAAUUUAGCUAAUAAAACAGCCGGCUUCUUGGCACAUUUAGUAUUUCAACUUUUACAACUAAUUUUGUAAAUCUUAUUAUUCUUAUUCUUUCCCGUUCGCUUUUUAACACACUUUUAUUAGCCUGGCCUGUACCUGUCUUUCUAUGUUUAAACAUAAUAGAAUUUUUUUAACGUGAUUUUUAUAAAUUUGGAUACGUCCGAUUGAUGCUUUAAUAUUUGAACACGAAUCAAUAACCGAUGACGGUUUAAUAAUAUUAUAACUUUGGUCUAACUAGUAUCACCGAUAUUUAAAAAAAAAACUUUAUAUUUCAACUUGUUAUCCGAAGGUAGGAUCUGAAAUGACGUAUUAUUUGAGCAAGUGACUUUUAAAUUGUUUUUGUACAAUUUCAGCAUUCUAUUGUUGCUACUGAACUAGGAAAGCUUCUUUGCAAAAUUGGAUCCCAUGUUCGCCUACCUUUAGGAAGGCUAUCAGAGUUCUGAGACAUCAAUCAUUCCAUUACAUUAUUUUUUACAUUGUCGAUCACAUUCUGAUGAUUGGACAGGAAAGGAAACUUCUUAGCAUCUCACUAAAUUCACCUGGAUGUCAGUUACUUUGUUAAUUCGUCAAAGGGAAACUUUUCUUUUUUACCAUUAAAGGGUAAAUUGUUUGAUAUUUAUUCCGAAUAUGCUUAAAGGGGUCUUAGUAUUUUUCCUGUUGAAAUCUCUAGUUCUAUUGAGUGUUUCAGCUACUGGUGGUAGGACCUCUUGACUCCGUACGGGUACCACCGCCCUGCCUAUUUCUGCCGUGAAGCAGUAAUUCGGCAGGUCAGUUGUAACUAUACUGAGACCUUGGAACUUAUAUAUCUCAAGGUGGGUGGCGCAUUUACGUUGUAGAUGUCUAUGGGCUCCAUUAACCACUUAACACCAGGUGGGAUGUGAGCUCGUCCAUCCAACAAAGCAAUAAAAAAGCAACUUUUUGAGCAGGGGUACCAUAUCCUAUUGGGGAGGUUUGUAUACAAAAAGCUAAUAGAACUUAAGUCUGCUUAUCCCACUUAUAUUUUUACUGUUGACAAAGUCAUAAUGUACUCCACUUUUAAAAAAAAAGUUGUAAUCAUGCCUGAAACUUUUAUUCAGCUAUCCCUCAAUUGCUUGAUUUUGGUUUCCAUGGUAGUAUAAAAUAUGUUAAGUCUGUUGAUACUGUAAAUUCCAAAAAUAUUGAAUGACUAACUAUUCUUCCGAAAUGAUAUCUGUAAAAGCCUAUAUUAAUCUGUUUGUCUGCCUACGAGAACAACAUAAAAUUCGUUUAUUUGUUCCGAAAGUACUCUUAUCUGACAGAUGAAAAUUUAGCAAAUCUCUAAUUUUUCAAUAUUUUUUUUCUCGAAUAUUUCGCAAGAGGUUCUACCACCAGUAAUUACGCAAAUUAUAAUUUUGCGGAUUUGAUUUUUAUUACACGAUGUUAUUCCUUCACCGUGGAAGUCAAUCGUGAACAAUUUUUAAGUACGUAUUUCAUCAGAAAAAUUGAUACCCGCCUGCGGGAUUCGAACACCGUUGCAUUGCUAUAUACGAAUGCAGCGGACGUCUUAUCCUUUAGGCCACGACGACCUUAUAUUCUACUACGCUUCUUUGGUUGUCCCCUCUCUAUUUUUACUCUGUUGUUUUCGCUGUUUCAUCAGACACGCCGGGUUCUUCUUCUACUGUUUUCCUAUAUGUUUUGAAGGUAGUUGAAAACGUUGAUUUCUUUUUCUACAAUCGUGCUAUGAAUGAGUUACGGCUAAUAUUACAGUAAUAAGAUAAUGAAUAUAAUAUAUUUAUGUAAUACAAUAUUGAUGAAUAUUGAAUUGUAGUCUAAUAGGUAUUUUCUUCGUUUCUGGACUCAGACAUAAUUAUAACUACUGUUACGUUUUGAUCUCUCGUUUUUUUGAAGUUAUACUUCUUUAGGCGCGUUAUGAAAAAUUGAUGAGAGUGAAAUUUUACGAUGCGCGCGCACCGUGACACAAAAUUAACAGAAUGAAGUUGCUCACUAAAUCGCUCAUUACAAUACGACCGACGCCGCGACGUAACUUGGCGAGUCUGAAUAUAGCCGCAGGUGAACUUUCCGAACCGUACCGAGAAUUACCGAAUUUAUACGAUGUCAAGAAAAGGUAUGUCCAAUAUGCGUGUUUGAGGAUGUUGUAUAAUCGAUUUUUUUCAAAUUGAUUGAAAUUUAAAUAAAAAAUAUUUUUCGUGUAUCUCAGGAAUGUGGACAAGAUAGGACUAUUAUAACAAAUUACAUUAUUAUUUUAGCAACGUUUCGGUCUUUUAUUAGACCUUCAUCAGGCAUCUGAAAAUUACACAUAAUUGAUAACCUACAAUACAAAAAACACAAAACAACAAUUGUCCAAACUACCAUAUUUACCAUAAUAUGAAUUUAAAUAAUCUCUAUCAUACACUGCACUAUUGAACUUAGUGGGCUAACCUUUGUCACGCAAUUAGCAAUUUUAUGUGUCGUGUUGGCUUUGUUUCCGGAAUCAAAAAAUAGUAAUUAAAUAAUUUAGUGGCUUUGUAGAUUUGUAUUAGUCUCUGAUGUCUGAGACAAUUGUGCAGUGUAUGAUAGAGAUUAUUUAAAUUCAUAUUAUGGUAAAUAUGGUAGUUUGGACAAUUGUUGUUUUGUGUUUUUUGUAUUGUAGGUUAUCAAUUAUGUGUAAUUUUCAGAUGCCUGAUGAAGGUCUAAUAAAAGACCGAAACGUUGCUAAAAUAAUAAUGUAAUUUGUUAUAAUAGUCCUAUCUUGUCCACAUUCCUGAGAUACACGAAAAAUAUUUUAUAAUAAUUAUGGACGACAAUAUUGAUAAUAGUAAUUUAAAUAAAAAAAAAGAAAUAAAUUUAAUAAAAAUAAAGUAUGACUUCUUACGCGCGUACAUAAGUACACGCACCCUUUUUUUUAAUUGUUUUUAUAUUAUUUCGGACUUUUCGAAAUAAUAUGGUGACAAUAAAAACGCGAGAUAAACCCAUAAACUAGUUUCAAAAUAACAUAAUAAUGUUAUGGGGGCAGUAAAUUGGAAUAAAAAAAAAAUCGAACUGAUUUCACUGUGAGAUUAAAAAGUAAGCAAUCGUUUAUAUUUGAAUAAAACGUUGAUGUAGUUGCCGUUUAUUCUUAUAUAAAAAUAUUAAAUUAUAUAUUAAAGUAGUCGUGGCCUAAAGGAUAAGACGCCUGGUGCAUUCGUAUCGAGCGAUGCACCGGUGUUCGAAUCCCGCAGGCAGGUACCAAUUUUCUAAUGAAAUACGUACUUAACAAAUGUUCACGAUUGACUUCCACGGUGAAGGAAUAACAUCGUGUAAUAAAAAUCAAACCCGCAAAAUUAUAAUUUGCGUAAUCACUGGUGUUAGGACCUCUUGUGAGUCCGCACGGGUAGAUAGGUACAACCGCCCUGCCUAUUUCUGCCGUAAAGUCAUUGAAACUAUACUGAAAAAAUAUAAAUAUAAUUGUAUUAUUAGCUUAUUUCGCUAAAGAAUGCUAUUACUUUUGUUUUGUUGUCUACAAGAUAAUUUUAUAACGAACAUCUUAAUAUGAGGUUUGGCAGUGUCCGACCAAAGCCUACAUAUAUUAAAGUACUUUUUAUUGAUUAAACAUUGUGGUUUGGUGAUUCGCCUUUUACAUUAUUAUUUUAAAGACAUGUUAAGUACAAAAUAAUUUAUUAAAAUCGAUUAUUUACAUGAAAUCAGAUAUAUGGUUCUUAUAUCUUUAUACAUAUACAUAUUCCUAAACCAAUUUGAUAUUAAGUUUUCGGCGCAUGGUCUAGUCUUAAAAUCGCAUUCCUAUUUAGUAUUGAAUUGUUAAUUAUCUAGACGUAAUGAGUAUUAGGCCUAAUUAGGUAUCCGAAAUUGUAUAUUAAAUAAUUUUACGUUUAGACAAUUCAUAAAAAAUUUCAGUCUCGUUUAAUGAUGCAAGUCAAUCUGAAUUCUGACUCGAUCGAUCGACGAAGAACUAUAGUGUCCUCAAUAUUAGGUGGAACUUUAGAAGGCAGAAAGUGAAUUUGAAGAUUUUCAUUUUAUGGUUUCAAAUCACUUUAAGAGUAAUGACAGAAAAACACGAAAAUAAUAUCUUCAGUUCGUGAUCCGACAUAUACAACUAAAGUACGCGUAUGUGGUUCCAAGCGUGGGUUACCCUCCAACCAAUACCCAGGAUAGUAGGAUCGAUAUUGCGUAACAUUUGGAUUUAGAAAACACAACGAAAUACCAUAGAAAGUGUAGGAGGUCUAGAGGAGUAGAGGAGGUCAUUUUCAGCGUGCGUGUUUUACCAUAAUGUAGUUCUAGAUCUUUACUAAAGAUUAAAGGUAGGGCUGCCCCCAAUUUUAACCAACUUUAAAACUGAAGUUUUAUGUAAUGAAUUUUUAAACAUUGCUUCAUUAUUGGAAAAUGAAAAUUUGGGUUCUGUAUAUGUAUUCUGUAAUACAUAAAGUUGACACCACUAAAUCGAGCGUCCGUAUUUUACCGUGCUUGUAUAAUCAGUUAGUGGUGCCUGUUGUAUUUAAUAAUUUUUACAUUAAUGUUCACAAAUGAAUAGUUUUGCUUGUGCGUAUAAUCUUAAAGGUUCAAUAAUAUCGGGAGCAAGAGAGUCGUUCCCGGAAACUAAAGUAGUUGGUAAUGUCUUACUUAUAUUUAAUAAGUGAUGAUAAACGAUAUUUUACUGUUUCGUACUGCACGCAAUGUAAGAGGUAAUGCGCGAGAUACAACCGACACUUUAGAAUUGUGGGUAGAUAGAAUUAAAAAAAAAUCUUUCCUUAUAUAUCCGAUAACACAUCCUUUUUUUUUAGUUACUGGUUAGGUCAAUUAUUAUUAUUAUUUUUCGAUUAUUUUGAUGUAGUUAAUUGUAAUAUUAUAAAAUGUGUAUGUAAAUGACUUGUAAAAACGAAACGUAAUUUUUUGUAAGUUUUAUGUCUACAUCGUGUAAAAAAAAUUAUGUAUAAAUCUGUGUUAAUAAAUAAUAUACACGUGUGUAUUUAUUUACAAAUGUAAAUAAAGGCAUUUCAAAGUAAAAA